UCGGAUUUUCGAAACGUUUCGAAACAGUUAUGACGUAAUGAAGCCUCGUUUGCUAAAAUCACGUGACUUUGGCCAGUUUGAAACAAGCUCCGAACCACUGAUUCGAAACAAAAGAUUCGUAAAUGUUUCGAAGCCUCAUGAAGCAGUGCUUCGAAAACGACCAUCACUACAUAGCGGGGGCGGCGUAAGAGAUGGAGAGAUUUAAUCGCCUCAAGCCCAGCUUUACCCGGUACGAUGUGCCAGUUGAGAUUUCUGAGUUCCAAAGCGCAGGAUCUAAGGACAGCCAUGAUGUCAGAGGAGACCGCUAGCUUACCGCUAGCGUUAGCUUACGAGCCGCCGACCAACACCAGAGGAUCUCUUCCUAACUUCAACAGAGUACAUUAUGGGGAAUCGAGCCGUUGUCAGAGAACUGAUCUGUCCAUGCUGGAUAUUGAUGAUUUCAUCACAGAAAUCUCUCAGCUGAAGAAAGAGACUGGAGACGAGGCUGAGGAGAUGAAUGAAUGAACAGAAAUAAGAUGUGUCUUCAAACAAGCUGAUUCAGAUUCUCUUCUACAAUGACGUCAAUAUAAGGAGAAGCCCUGCCCACAACUGGUGACGAUCUGCCUUAUUAUCACAGACACAGGCCUGAGUGAGAGUCCAUCAUUUUUGUAUGUUCGCUGUAGCAGCUGGAAUCUUACAAUGUCUGCGCUGAAGAGGAAUUACAAAUGUUUUGUUUUGGGAUGUACCAAUGAACAUCAGAGUCUCUAUAAACUCCCACAAUCUGAGUCACUGAGGACAUCGUGGUUAGAUUUCAUUUUUUAUGGAAAUGUCCCAGAGAAAGUACCUAGAAUGUUACACGUUUGCGCCAAUCAUUUUACACCAGACUGCUUCAAAAACGAGCGUCAGUUCAACGCUGGUUUUUCAACCAGCUUGAUUCUGAAUAAUGAGUCAAUACCAACGCUUCGUUCUCAAACCGUAAAAUCAGAACAAGAUGUAUCUGGUGUCUCUGUCUGUGGCUUCACUGAUCAAACAUCUACAGAGCUUCUGGUUUCUGGCUGUAAUAAAGAAGAAGAGAAGAAAAAUCUUCUGGACAGUGGGAUGGAGCUGAAACAAGAAAUUACAGAAGAAGAAGAAGAACAGACAGAUGAAGGGGAUCUGAUUUAUUCAGACCUGAAUGUGAAGUUGGAAAGUUUUCAAUCAAAUGACAUGGAGGAAAAACCUGAUCAUUUUAUACCUAGAGAAUCUCUGAACUGCUUGAAGACUGAGAUUUUGUCAGACAAUGAUUUUUGUACAUGCCCUCGAUGUGGAAAAAUAUUCAAUAGUCAGUCCGACCUUAAAGCGCACAUGCAAAUUCACACUGAAGAAAGACCUUACAGUUGUGACCAGUGUGGAAAGACGUUCACUCAAAAGGCAAGCUUAAAUAUGCACAAGAAAAUUCACACUGGAGAAAGACCUUACAGUUGUGACCAGUGUGGAAAGUGCUUCACUCAAAAGGCAAACUUAAAUAUGCACAAGAAAAUUCACACUGGAGAAAGGCCUUACAGUUGUGACCAGUGUGGACAGACCUUCCUUUAUAAAUCCAAAUUGAUUGGGCACAAGAGAAUUCAUACUGGAGAAAAGCCUUACGGAUGUGACCUGUGUGGACAAACUUUCAAUUAUAAGUCCUACCUUGCUGUGCACAGGAGAAUUCACACUGGAGAAAAGCCUUACAGUUGUGACCAGUGUGGACGGACCUUCACAUUUAGUUGCCACCUUAAUGCUCAUAGGAAAAUUCAUAAUAGAAAAAAGCCUUACAGUUGUGACCAGUGUGGACAGACCUUUGGCUUUAAGUCCCACCUUACUGAGCACAGGAUAAUUCACACUGAAGAAAAGCCUUACAGUUGUGACCAGUGUGGACAGACCUUCAUUCGUAGGUUUAGGCUUGAUGUGCACAAAAGAAUUCACACUGGAGAAAAGCCUUUAGGAACUGAUCUGUCCAUGCUGGAUAUUGAUGAUUUCAUCACAGAAAUCUCUCAGCUGAAGAAAGAGGUGGCGUUACUGGACACAAAGCUGAGGUUAAGAGGAGAUGAAGGACUGAAGAGAGAGAAAAUACCUAGAAUGUUACACGUUUGUGCCAAUCAUUUUACACCAGACUGCUUCAAAAACGAGAGUCAGUUCAACGCUGGAUUAUCAACCAGCUUGAUUCUGAAUAAUGAGUCAAUACCAACGCUUCGUUCUCAAACCGUAAAAUCAGAACAAGAUGUAUCUGAGGUCUCUGUCAGUUGCAUCACGGAUCAAACAUCUACAGAGCUUCUGGUUUCUGUCUGUAAGGAAGAAGAAGAGAAGACAUCAGUAAAUCUGCUGGACUGUGGGAUGGAGCUGAAACAAGAAAUCAAAGAAGAAGAACAGACCGAUAAAGGAGAUCUGAUUUAUUCAGACCUGAAUGUGAAGUUGGAAAGUUUUCAAUCAAAUAACAUAGAGGAGAAACCUGAUCAUUUUAUUCCUGAAGAAGAAUCUGUAAGCUGCUUGAAGACUGAGAUUUUGUCAUUUGAAGAUUUUUGUACGUGCUCUCGAUGUGGAAAAAUAUUCAAUAGUCAGUUCGAACUUGAUGCACACAUGCAAAUUCACACUGAAGAAAGACCUUACAGUUGUGACCAGUGUGGAAAGACCUUCACUAGAAAGGCAAACUUGAAUAUGCACAAGAGAAUUCACAAUGAAGAAAAGCCUUACAGAUGUGACCAGUGUGAACAGAUCUUCCUUUAUAAAUCCCAAUUUAUUGCGCACAAGAGAAUUCACACUGGAGAAAAGCCUUACAUUUGUGAACUUUGUGAAAAGAGCUUCGCUUCUAAGUUUAGCCUUGAUAUGCACAGGAGAACUCACACAGGGGAAAAGCCUUACGGAUGUGACCUGUGUGGACAGACCUUCAAUAGUAAGUCCUACCUUAAUGUGCACAAGAGAAUUCACACUGGAGAAAAACCUUACAGUUGUGACCAGUGUGGACGGACCUUCACUUUUAGUUGCCACCUUUCUGAGCACAAGAAAAUUCACAAUAGAGAAAAGCCUUAUGGUUGUGACCUGUGUGGACAGACCUUCAGCUUUAAGUCCCACCUUACUGAGCACAGGAUAAUUCACACUAGAGAAAUGCCUUACAGUUGUGACCAGUGUGGAGAGACCUUCAUUCGUAGGUUUAGGCUUGAUGUGCACAAAAGAAUUCACGAUGAAGAAAAGCCUUAGAGAUGUGACCAGUGUAAAAAGAGCUCAAAAGUCCAGUCUUAAGCCUGGGAUACACUUAGGGGUGUGCCAUAUCCUACUGUCUAUGAUAACACGGUAUAAUUUUUUACAUGAUAAAAAAAGUGUCAUCUCGUGAUAUCAAUGAUAUAGUGACGCAAUGACCUAUGGCGCAUUUACGUUCCCGCAAAUCAACAACACCUGAGAGCAAGAGCAGCAUUUCAGCCACACCGUCAAGUACAAACAUGCUGUGAAGGUCAAGGAGGAGGAGAUACUACAUUUACAUUUUACAUUUACAUUUAGUCAUUUAGCAGACGCUUUUGUCCAAAGCGACUUACAAGUGAGGUAAACAAUAGAAGCAAUUAUGGCAACAUAAGACAGCAAUACAUAAGUGCACUGGAAAUAGUCUCAUCAAGUCCAACACAAUAUACAUAGCCAAGGGUAUGUUAGUAGUUUUUUUUUUUUUUUUUUUUUUUUUAGAUAAAGAGGAAGG